AUGAAAGGCACCUCGUUAGGGGGUCAGAGUUCAGUACAUCCGGUCUGUAGGUUAAAAUGUCCUAACAACCUGUCACUUUUAAAUAUUGUCUUUGAAACGACAGUAUUCCAUCAAACGAAAUAAUGGCUGUGCUAUCAAACUGUUCACGGGAGGGACAAUGGUUCAUGCUAUGUAUCAUUUUCUCUGCGCUUUUCUUUUUUGCUGAUGGGAAAGAAUGCAAGAAGAUUAAUUCCUGCUCAUGUCAACAGGAUGAUGGUGGGAUUAUCGACCUGUCUCCCAUUUCUAAAAAGGAUGGAACGGCUUGGUUUUCUUCAGUAAAAGACACAAUAACCAUUGCGAACCGAUUCUACUGGAACCCGUGCAUCAGCUUCACUGAGGAAGCAUGUGUCAAUGUGGCGGUAUGUAGGGAAGAAAGUAUGAUACCUAAUUCUACUUACUAUGACGUAGGAACACAGGAUUCCGCAUUCUUCAUAUAUAGAAACGAUGCUGACCUAGUUCUAGGUUACCAAGGAGUGAACAGUACGACCAUCGUUACGCUGUACUGCACAGGGAAUGCCGUAGACAAUCUGACAGUAAUUGGGGAGUCCAUCGAGGGAUCAGCCAUUUACAACAUGGAGCUUAGGAGUAUCCACGCAUGUGCAUUUUAUCCUAUAUACCCACCUUCCCAAGAUGGCAGUGGACUGUCGGCUGGGUGGGUGGUAUUCAUAGUGUUGUUGGUGCUGUUAUGUGCCUACUUCCUGGUAGGAACUGUCUACAACAUAGUGUACAAAAAGGCAGAGGGGGCGGACGCCAUUCCCCACAUUGCCCUGAUAAUGGGCGGCUGUUCUUACGUCAAGGGUUGCUGUUCUAAGCAAGACAAGAGUCGUUCCCAAUAUUCGAGCGUAUGAUGAUCACUAGAAAUUAACUCUGUCCAGACUAUUCAGCAAGCAGUUCGUAGAUGGAAAGAUCUUAAGUGACAUUGUGACAAUUUCAAUAUUUGAACGUGCUCAAAGUGCCAUUGCGAGAGUCAUUAAAUGAACAUGAAUUGUACGAUUAAUAUUGUUUGAAAAGGUCAAGCAUGUACAUAUACUUAUAUAUUUAUUAUACAUCCGGUACGUGUCAAUAAUAAUAAAUGCACUGUUUUCAAUAGUUCCUGUGAUGUAGCUAUGACAUUUGUGUGUAAGUGAGUUCUUUCCAGAAAUGUUUUAAAGGGUUGAAAAGUUAAAUACAUCUGUUUGGAACACCUUGCGGCUUUGCGUACUUUAUGCAAAAUCGUUACAAGCAAAUUAGGUAUGCAGAUCCACCGGCAUCCGUUAGUGACUUGAUGCAAUAUCACUUGUACUGGAUCUAAUGCCUGUGAUGUUUAUUAGAAUAUUCCUUCUUCUGUUUUUACAAUGAUGCCAUAAACAUUUUGUCGGAUUAUAUUUCAGUUGUCUUUGACUUCAUUGUGACUAUGGCAUAUCACUACCGGAUAUGUUUUUUAAUACUGUAUACAAAAAGAUCAUCAAGCCCAUUAGUGUCUAUCCUAUGUAAGUACGACUGAUAAAUAUAUUCUACACGAUGGUUUAGAAUUUCGGUCAGAACCGAGGCUUUACCGUGAUACUAAGCCCGACUCUUCACCUGAGUGUAAAAUGUUCCUCUCCCCCAUCACUAUUGACUAUUUUUCUCUCACCUCUUACCUGAUAAUUUGGUGAACAUCGACAAUGACAUUUCGCAAGAAAUAAUAAAGAUAGCAGAUUUGUUUUUGAUAAGGUAGAAUUUAUGGUAUACGGAGAAUACUUUAAAGUAAAAGCAAUUUCUAGCAAAACCAUCGAAGCAAUUGAGUUUAUUAAAAGAUUGAAUACCUCGGUGAUCCGAUGUCAGAUAUCGAAUGAAUUUCGGCAAAAGACGUCAUUAAAUGACGUGUCACGCAAUAAAAUGACGUCAUGUUUGAGAAUAUCAGCCGACAUGACAAUGGAAUUUUGAACGUGAAACUUCUUUAGCUUAGCUACCGAACUAGGUUAAACUAGUUGCACCUACAUUAGAACAUACACUGAAGUGGUACAAAAUAAGGAAUGUUGUCGAUAUGAAUACUUCAUCACUCACUUCGUAAGAUAUACAUAUAUAUAUAACUGCAUCGUAUAUUGUGACCUUAUACUGUGUCUUAUUGAAUGGUAUGGUUAUUAAAUGGUAUGGUUAUUAAAUGUUGUUACGUCUUGAUGUUUACAAAAACUACGAAAGCCUAUUAGGGGCACUUACAAGAAAAUAACGCGUAAUAACACGAAAUAAACACAUUCUUACGCCAAAUAACACGUUAACUUGCAAAUAGUCACGUUAUAACAUGAACAAAUGCGUACUAAUAGGCUUUCGUAUACAUUACCGGUAUGAAUAAAGUAUGUGAAAUUAAUAGAUAAAAUAAAAACAAA